ACCAUCUAUUAAAAUGGAUGGUGCAGAUGCUGAAGAACAUGGAGGAUUCCUCUUUUUUGUGCUCGCUUCAUCCGUAGUUUUUAUUGUGCUCUUUUUCACAAGACGUUACUUUAAAGGAGGUCAAUUCAAUGAAAGAGUCUCUGCAAAGGGAUUAGUAGCCGUUGUGACCGGUUCUAAUUGUGGAAUUGGAUUCGAGACAGUUCGGGAACUUAAUUUGAGGAAAGCUGAUGUCUAUAUGCUGUGCAGAAGCGAAGAGAAAGCCAAUGAAGCGAAACGAAUGCUCGUGAGACAAGGAUGCGAUGCCACUCGUCUUCACUUCAUUGAAUGUGAUUUGACAGAUUUUGAAAGUGUACGACGAGCUGCCAAGGAAACUCUCGAAUCGACUGACACCAUUGAUAUCCUUAUCAAUAAUGCUGGAAUCAUGUUUCAAAGCAAACACGAGCAAACCAAGGAUGGUCAUGAGAAAACUUGGCAGAGCAACCAUUUGGGACCAUUUCUGCUCACCGAACUUUUUCUGCCAGCUGUUAAGAAGUCUUCCUACGCUCGAAUCAUCAAUGUUUCAUCUCGUAUUCAUUUGAAAUCCGAGAAAAUUAAUUUGGCUACUGUAGAUGACAAGAAAUCGUUUGGAAUGAUGAAAUCGUACAGACAGAGCAAGUUGGCAAAUGUUAUGCACGCAAGAGCCUUGACUAAGGAAUUGAGAAAGGACGGAGCCGAACACGUGACUGUUAACUCCCUGCACCCAGGAGUUGUUAAUACCGAGCUCGCGAGAAAUACCAUUUUGAAUACACCAGGAAUCAAGCAGAUUACAGCUGUUUUCCGUUGGUUCCUCAUGAAAACCAGCCGCGACGGAGCUCAAACUUCAAUCUUCCUUGCAUUGGGCAAAAAGAUCGGUGGAAUCAGUGGAAAAUACUUUGCCGAUUGCAAGUUGACCCAAGAAAACCCACUAGCCUUGGAUGAUCAGGCCUGUCAGGAUUUGUACAAUUAUAGCUUGGAAUGUACUGGCCUCGCCAAGUAAUGUGCCAGCGCAGCUACAAUAAUUUCUCUAUUAAGAAUUCAUAUCAAUCCCAUUGUAAACUUUAACAAAGGCUUUAUAUUCAAGUAUUUAAAAUUAAAAUUUCAUUGAAUGAAUAAAUAUGUAAUACAU